CAGCGCAUCGCUGAGAACCAGCUCCCUCCCGGGUGACCACGGUGCUCACCCCUCAUGCCACGUCCUCGCGUGGAAAGUUUCAUCACGGUUCUUACAAUGACAGGAAAAAAAUUAUAACUCAGCGAAUUUUUAUUAUCUGUUUUUCACCACCCCAGUGGAUUUCUCUAGCCGUCUGAAGAGGUUUGCUGCCUGUGGAGCGUAGCCACCUUCAGCUUGUGUGGUACUCGCCGCCGCCGCAAUGCUCGGGAGAUUGCCGCUUCCACAACUGCUCUUUGCUGUCGUCCUUGGAAUUGCUGGAGGGAUGUAUAUUUAUCAGCCAAUAUUUGAACAAUAUUCCAGAGAUCAGAAGGAAUUAAAAGAAAAGGUGAAAUUGUUGCAAGAAUCAGAAGAAAAAAGGAGCUAAUUCUGUAUAAACUGAAAUUGUAGACAUCGCUUAAAAUAAUGUUGAAAUAACACAUGGACUACUAAUUAAUCUAGUAAAAAUUUAGGUUUGUUUUAAAUAAACAAAUCAUGGGUAAUGGA